CAGCUUUGUAAUGUUUUUCGAUCACAUGACAUGGAAAUUGACCAAUGUUUGCUGGAAUCUCUACCUUUGGGACAGCGGCAGAGGCUUGUGAGGCGCAUGCGCUGUGAACAAAUUAAGGCCUACUAUGAACGUGAAAAGGCUUUGCAGAAACAAGAUGGGUACAGAAAAAGAAGUAGACAACGGAAGAACUAUAGAGUGAAUUUUCAUCUUUUUGACAAAAUACAAGAUGCUAUUAUAAAUCACAACGAUAAAGAAGUUUUACAGCUGCUCAAAGAAAGUGCUGAUCCCCAUUCCUUGAUUCCAUCUGGUGGGUGUUUACUACAUCUGUGUGCACGGUAUGAUAAUGUGUUUGCUGCAGAAAUUUUAAUUGACAGAGGAGUUAAUGUAAAUCAUCAAGACGAGGAGAAUUGGACACCAAUGCAUAUUGCUUGUGCAUGCGACAAUCCUGAUAUAGUCUUGCUACUACUUCUCUCAGGGGCCAAUGUUCUACUGCAGGAUGUCAAUGGUAACAUAGCUCUUGACUAUGCCAUUGAGGGAACUGAAUCCAGCUGUAUACUUAUGGCAUUUUUAGAAGAGAAUGGUGUUGAUCUGGCCUCACUGCGUCAGAUGAGAAGUCAGAGAGCAACUGUCAUGUUAUCUGACGUUAAGCAGCUCAUAGCUACAGGUGGAAUUGUUAAUGAAAGAAAUGAUGAUGGAGUUUCUCUUCUUCAUAUAGCCUGUGCUUGUGGAUUCAAGGAAGUAGCGUGUUUAUUGUUAAAGAACAAUGCAGAGCAAGAUGCUGUUGAUGAUCUUUACUGGACACCACUUCAUUUAGCUGCAAAAUAUGGACAGACAAGCCUUGUGAAAAUCCUCCUGGUUCAUCAAGCAAAUCCGAACAUUCUAAAUUGCAAUGAAGAUAAGCCUUCAGAUAUUGCUGCAACAGAAUUAAUUCAAGAUAUGUUACUAAAAGCUGAAGCGAUGUACGAAGAAAGAGCAAAAAACAUUUCAGGUGCUGUUUUUCAAGAAGAAUCGUAUGAAGAGAUCUUAAAUGAUCUUCCUGUAUCUGCAAAUAAACUACGUCCAUUAGCUUUACCAAUUUCAAAGCAAGACAGUUUGCUGGAAAAGGAUACAAUGUUUAAAGACUCGGGCAAGGCUAUCUGUAAUCAGUAUUCACAAGACAAAUCUUCAGAAAGAGUCAUUAUUUGCAGCAACACAAAACUGGAGCAGAUCAAAUUAAUGCCACCAGCACCAAAUGAUGAUCUAGCAACCCUAAAUGAACUCACAGACAGUAGCUUGUUGUAUGAAAUUCAGAAACGUUUCAGCAGCAAUCAGAUUUAUACAUACAUUGGAAAUAUUUUGCUGCUAGUUAACCCAUACAAAGAACUUCCAAUAUACUCUGCAUUGGUCACUCAGUUAUACCGGAGCAUCUCAGGGCGAUUAUGUUCCUCACUUCCUCCUCAUGUUUUUGCAUGUUCAGAGAGAGCUUACCAUAUGCUUUUCCAGGAACGGCGGCCGCAAUGUUUUGUCUUAAGUGGUGAAAGUGGCUCUGGGAAAACAGAAGCCUGUAAGCACAUAGUUAAACACUUGGCCUUCAGGUGCGGUUCCAGUAAAAAUUCACUACAUUCAAAGAUUAAACACGUAAGCUGCAUUUUAGAAGCCUUCGGACACGCCAAAACAACACUUAAUAACUCGUCUAGCCGUUUUAUAAAGUUCCUUGAACUACAAUUUUGUGAAAGAAAAGCAACAUUAUCAGGAGCCAGAGUUUACACCUAUAUGCUUGAAAAAUCCCGUCUACUUGCUCCUUCACCAGGCCAGAGCAAUUUCCUUAUUUUUUAUUUUAUGAUGGAUGGUCUACCUGCUGAAGAAAAAUAUAAUUUAUAUCUCAAGAGUGCAUCUGUAUACAGGUAUCUGAACCAGCCUGUACCAGAGGAAACAUCAAUAGCAGCAAACACUCAGAACAGAGAAAAAUUAGCGAACUUGAAACAAGCACUAAGUGCCAUGGGAUUUAACAGCCUAGAAAUGGAGAACUUGUUCAAGAUCCUGUCAGCCAUUUUGCACAUUGGAGAUAUUCGGUUUACAGCAUUAACAGACGCUGAAACUGCUUUUGUCUCUGACCUGCAGCUUCUGGAGCAAGUUGCAGGAAUGCUUCAGGUUUCACCGGAUGAGUUAUCUACUGCCUUAACAAUGGAUGUUCAGUACUUCAAAGGAGACAUGAUAACACGUAGACAUUCUGUGGAGGUUGCUGAAUUCUAUCGAGACCUUCUAGCAAAGUCCUUGUAUUGUCGUCUAUUUAGCUUUUUAGUGAACAAUGCCAAUUUCUACCUCCAAAAUCAAAGCGAACAAAGCAGUUACCAACCACUCUCGAUUGGUGUAUUGGAUAUGUUUGGCUUCGAGGACUUUCAGAAGAAUUCUUAUGAACAGCUGUGCAUUAAUCUGGCCAAUGAGAAAAUCCACCAGUAUAUCAAUGAAGUGCUGUUUCUACAAGAGCAAACAGAAUGUGCACAAGAGGGAGUUUCCAUGGAAACGAUGUAUUGCCUUGGCAACCAUACAACAGUGCUAGAUUUUUUCUUCCAGAAACCUAUGGGUUUUCUGGCUGUGCUAGAUGAGGAAAGUCAGUCAAUGCAUUCAAUUGAUCAAAGUCUUUCUAAACGACUUCAGUCUCUUAUGGAAAUGUCUAAUACAAACACGGUAUAUACAUCUGCAAAAGACGGAAAUGGAAAUGUCACAUCCAAGGAGCAUGGUCCCAUCUUCACAGUUAUGCAUUAUGCAGGAAGGGUAACCUAUGAUAUUUCAAGAGUAAUUGAGAAAAAUAAAGAUAUCCUCUCCCAGAAUCUUCUUUUUGUCAUGAAAGCCAGUGAAAAUUUAGUGAUCAACCAAAUGUUUCAGUCAAAAUUGACUCAAACAGGAUCUCUUGUUCCUCCCUAUCCAUCACUCCGGCUCCGAGGACCCAAAUCAGCCUUACUUUUUAAGAAGACAAUGUCAGCUUCCAAUGAUGAAACCAAAAAAAUACUGGAACUCAACAAGUUAUUGAAAAAGAAGGGAUCAUCGUCAUUUCUACAGAAGCUAGAACGAGGAGGUCCAACGACUGUGAAUACCCAACUCAGGAAAUCUCUUACAGAGAUCAUUGGAAAGAUCCAGAACAGCACACCACAUUUUAUGCAUUGCAUCAAGCCAAACAGUUCCAGACUUGCUGAAACAUUUGAUCAUUUUUAUGUGUCUGCACAGCUGCAAUAUAUAGGUGUUCUAGAGAUGGUAAAGUUGAUACGACAUGGUUUCCCUAUACGACUUGCAUUCACUGACUUCUUGACAAGGUACAAGUAUUUGACUGAAAUAGUAUCAAGAGAAAGACAGAAAGCAUCCCCAGAAGAGAAAUGUCGUCAUGUUCUUCAGCAAUGUAAACCACAGGGCUGGCAGUUGGGUACCAGAAAAGUUUUCUUGAAGUACUGGCAAGCUGAUCAACUCAUGGAUAUUUGUCUGCAACUGCAGAAGAAAAUUGUGCUAUGUCAGAAAGUUGUAAGGAGAUUUCUAGCUCGUCAACAUUUGAAGAAGAAAAAGGACGAUAAGCAAACUGCGACAACCUAUGUAAAAGAUUUUCUGCAGACUAUGGAAAACAUGGGACAACAGGCUUAUCAUUCAUUGGCCAUCCAGAAUGCUUCUGACAUUGCCCGGGAAAGAGACAAAAUGCCCAGUGAAACAGAGCCUCCUUAUAAUUGGAUAGAUUCACCAUCUAGCCACGAGGAAUCAUAUAGAAGAACUGAAGAGAUGGAUGGGAAGAUAUCUGAAAACAAUCUUGCUGGUUGUCAUUUACCUAAUCUAAUUUAUUCCGGAUCUGUCCCAAUUCCCAUGAACACUGGAGGCAUAACUCAUUCGGUGGAGGCUUCAUCGAUCAGAUCUCUUUCUUUGCACUCUGUAUUAAGUGUGGACGAUAGCUGUAACCUUCAAUCACCUCGAAAACAGCCUCCUCCUAAACCAAAAAGAAACCCUACCACAAGAUUAAGUGCUUCAUAUGAAGCUGUUAGUGCCUGUCUCAUAUCAGCUUCUAAGGACAUUGAUAAUGAAGGUUUUACACGACCAAGACCUCACAGUGAUGAUUACAGCACAAUGAAAAAAAAUCCACCACCUAAGCCAAAGAGGAGCCCUAACACUAAGCUAAGCGGUUCUUAUGAGGAGAUAUCUGCUCAAAAUUUAGGAGAAUUACAGACAAACAAAAAAAUCCAUUAUGAUAUUGGAAUAAUAAAAAGGGCGGCUUCAGCAGAUGGACCACACCAUGGAAUUUUAACAUUGUAUAUGUCUCAAGAGGAUGAUGAACCAGUUUAUAUUGAAAUGGUUGGCAAUGCUAAAAAGAGCCAUAGAUCAAUGGAUGAGAGCCCAGAGCAAGGGGAAGCGGUUUAUGAAGAGAUGAAAUAUUUUCUUCCUGACCAAAUUAAUCGUAAUGCUGUAAUGACAGGGAUUUCUCAGUCAUUUGAGCAGAACAUGAAUUUAUUUAGAGUUGAGAAGUUGGAUGCUAGCAAUAAAUCAGAAGUGAAAAGCAAACAAGCUUGUGACAUUCCAGCUCCUUUUCCAAAUCUCCUCUUACAUCGUCCUCCACUUUUGGUCUUUCCACCCACUCCAGUAACAGUUACAUGCUCUCCUGCUUCAGAUGAGUCCCCUUUAACUCCACUUGAAGUGGUAAAACUCCCUGUACUUGAAACAAGUAUAAACUACACUAUGCAACCAGAGAAUUUCAAUGUCACCUCACCCCAGUAUUCCAAAUACCAAAAAGGAGAAAGGGAAAGACCUUCAUCCCCUGCUUUGUCUGUAUUUAGUGUAUCAAGCAAAGUGUCUCCCCCAGCUACACCUCCUCUUCCCCCAUCUUCAGCUUCCUAUCACUCUUCAACGCACUUUAAAUUUCCUACAGAUGCUCCUUAUGCUUUUCUAGUUAAUACAGGAAAGAAAACAACUGUUGUGGAUGCAUCAAAAACAGUUCCACGACCAAAUCAAGUUUUAAAUGAGGAGCCAUGCAGUUUAUUGACUAAGUUGCCUUAUUCUUCACCUGUAAAAAUUGCAAGGACAUUAUAUAGCAAACCACAUUUAGGUUCCACAUCAUCGUUUUCAACCAACUCAUCCAGUAGCCACCUAACAAGCCCUCUUGAUGAAUUAACAACUUUAUUCAAUUCUGGCAGAAGUCUACUGCGAAAAUCAUCUGUGGGUAAAAGAAUUAGAGAAGCACAAGAUGUUGAAAUGAAUAUGAACAUAUGCAGUGGAGUAGAUCCUGCGGCACUAGAUAUUCAGGAUAAAAAUGCAAAUAAUCAGGAGAGCAUAUCAGCAAAUUUACCAACUAGUUGUACAGCAUUUGAAAAUGGAAAUUCAGUAACAAAUCCAGUAACAAAUGAUGACGUCAAUGAAGAAAUGAAUUGUAAAUUCCGUAGUAGCUACACUUCAAGCUCUUUAGUGUCAAAAAGCAAGGAAAGUCAUAGCAGUCAAGUAUUUCACCAGUUACGGUUAUCAGAGAAUGAAAGUGCAGCAUUGCAGGAGCUAAUGGAGUGGAGGAGAAAGCUUUGUGAAGGGGGCGAUGAUUGGCACAGAGACUUGAAACAAUCUGAAGAUAAGAAUGCUGCUCCCUCUCCAUCGUAGAGUUAUGUAACUUUAUGGAAAACCACAUCAUAAAAGAUCUCUUCUGUUCUUAAGGACUUGAGCUUUUUAUCAAUAUAACAGGAAGAGAAUUGUUUGAUUUUAUGAGAUGCAAGUUGUUGCAUUUUUUUACAAUAGCACACUAUGAAAAUAACCGAGCAUGAGUAACUAGAUUGUUGUCACUGUGAUAAAAUUUGUGUGUGAUGUAUGCUUUUAUAGGUGUAAUACAUUCUGUACAUUGUGUUUCAGGGUUUAUCUAAAAUAUAUGUUUUAAAUAUCCAGGUACCACCUGUAUCAGAAUACAAAAAAUACAUAAAGGUCUACAAAAAAGAUUCUUGGAAAUCGCUUGGGAAAGCCAUUAGAAAAAUGUCCAAGUGUAUAGCUGUUUUAUAUCAUCAGAAUUUCAGGGUUAGUUUGUACAGGUUGAUUUAAUCAUACCUUGUAUUCCUAUAUGUAUAGAUAUAUGUUUGUGUGUGCUUGUAUAUAAAUACACUUGAGUGUAUAGAGGAAGAGGGGCGGAAGAGAAGAAUAUUAAAAUGUUUAGCUUGUAGCACAAGAACCCUAUUAUCGGAAAUUUUGGCUAUUCACUUUGAUAUCUAUCUGUAUCUAAUCUAUCUAUCAUCUAUCUGUCUGUCUGUCUCUAUCUAUCUAUCUAUCUAUCUAUCUAUCUAUCUAUCUAUCUAUCUAUCUAUCUAUCAUCUAUCUGUCUGUCUG